AUGAUAAUCUCAGGCCUCUUUGUCAUUGACGGAUCAAAUGUGGUGAUGAGCCAUGGAAACAAAGAGGUUUUCUCUUGCCUUGGUAUCCAAUUGGCUGUUGACUGGUUUGUGGAGAAAGGCCACAAAGACAUCACAGUGUUUGUUCCUGCCUGGGGGAGAGAGCAGUCGAGGCCUGAUGCCCCCCAUUUCAGACCAAGACAUUUUGCGGAAGCGAGAUAAUAAUAAUAAUAAUAUGCCAUUUAGCAGACGCUUUUAUCCAAAGCGACUUACAGUCAUGUGCGCAUACAUUUUUACGUAAUGGGUGGUCCCGGGGAUCGAACCCACUACCCUGGCGUUUCAAGCGCCGUGCUUUACCAAUUGAGCUACAGAGGUCCACAAAAAAAAAGAUGAAGAAAAUAUCCUAGUGUUCUAUCUCCUUCCCAUCUAGAAGUGGUGUGCUACGAUGAUCGCUUCAUAGUGAAGCCGGCCUGUGACUCUGAUGGCAUUACUGUGUCAAAUGACAACUACAGGGACUCACAGAACGAGAAGCCGGAGUGGAAGAAGCUCACAGAGGAGCGGCCGCUGAUGUACUCGUUUGUCAAUGAUACAUUCGUGCCACGUGAUGAUCCUUUAGGAAGACAUGGUCCAAGUUUAGAGAAUUUCCUUCGCAAGCGUCCUGUUGUUCCAGAGCAUAAAAAGCAACCCUGUCCAUAUGGGAAAAAAUGCACUUAUGGACAUAAGUGCAAGUACUAUCACCCAGAGCGUGCAAACCAGCCUCAGCGGUCAGUGGCUGAUGAACUGAGGGCGUUUGCCAAGUUGUCUGCUGUGAAGAGAAUGAGCGAGGGGGCCCUGGCCAAGUGUGGCACUGGACCCACCACAGCUAAGGGGGACAGUGGCUCUGAGGCUAAACUUGUGGCCCCCAAGCGCCAGUCCGAUCCUAGCAUCCGCUCAGUGGCCCUGCGAGCCAGAGGAGAGACUGUCUGCUGUCCGUAAGCCCGAGGCGAAUUCUGUGCCUUCCCUCGUGUCUGCCCUCAGCGUGCCCACCAUGCAGCCUGCCAAGAGCCACGCGGCUGGUGCUUUGAACACGCGAUCAGCCAGGCCGGCUCCCUCCAGUUCACCCACAGCUCCCCUGGAGCACAUGUCUAGUGUACAGCACCCACACCCACCCAUCCUAGUCAACCAACAGCCACGGCGCUUUCCGUCACUUACAGUGAACAGUUUCCUAAGUACGAUUCUGUGCGCACGGACCACGGAUACUGCUCUAUGCUUAGUGAUUUUUCUAACAUGAACAUGAGCGGCAUGCACAACGUGGACAGCUUCUGUAGCAUGGAGCAUGAGCACGGGGUUUAUCGGAGAAAUCCCAGCCAGCAUUGCCCUGAGCCCUGCCUCAGCCACUCCAACAGUGACUCCUUCUCCUCUUAUGGGGAAUUAUACAUGAGCUCAGUGGACAGUAGCCUGGAUGAGAGCAUGAAGGGGCGGCAGCAGCAGUCUCCUGCACAGAACAGACUCCAGGCCUUCUCCCAUGGGGGGGGGGGGGGGGGUUCCACCACGAAGCACUGA